AUGGAAGAGAAUAACUCCUUGACAAUUGAGUUUAUCCUCACAGCAUUUAUGGAUCACCCAGAUCUGAAGACCCUUCUGUUUGUGGUGUUCUUUGCUAUCUAUCUGAUCACGAUGGUGGGGAAUCUUGGUUUGGUGGCAUUGAUUUUCAUGGAGCGCCGUCUUCACACACCCAUGUACAUCUUUCUGGGCAACCUGGCUCUGAUGGAUUCCUGCUGUUCCUGUGCUGUUACCCCCAAGAUGUUAGAGAACUUCUUUUCUGAGGACAGAACGAUUUCCCUCUAUGGAUGCAUGGCACAAUUUUAUUUUCUCUGCCUUGCAGAAACUGCAGACUGCUUUCUCCUGGCAGCAAUGGCCUAUGAUCGCUAUGUGGCAAUAUGCAGUCCUCUGGAGUACCACACCAUGAUGUCAAAGCAACUCUGCAUUCAGAUGAAUAUAGGCAUCUACCUAGCUGGGAACCUGCACUCCAUGAUUCAUGUAGUACUUCUAUUAAGAUUAACUUUCUGUGGAACUAAUCAAAUCAAUCACUUUUUUUGUGAUAUACUUCCACUAUACAGACUGUCCUGUACUGAUCCUUUUAUAAAUGAACUAAUGAUAUAUAUUUUUUCAAUGCCUAUUCAAAUCUUCACCAUUGCCACUGUAUUGAUUUCUUAUCUUUACAUCAUUUUCACAAUUUUCAAAAUGAAAUCCAAAGAGGGGAGAGGUAAAGCCUUUUCUACUUGUGCAUCCCACUUUUUCUCUGUCUCAAUAUUCUACAUUUGUCUUCUCAUGUAUAUUCGGCCAGUUAAAGAAGGGGAUAAAGAUAUACCAGUUGCAAUUUUUUAUACAAUAAUAAUUCCUUUAUUAAACCCUUUUAUUUAUAGUCUCAGAAACAAGGAGGUGAUAAGUGUUCUGAAAAAAUAUAUGAGAAGGUAUAAUAUUCUAAAGCAAACUUUAUCCUCUACUGGAAAUUGA